GGGGGGUUUCUUUUUCAGAUGGUGUUUGGACUGCUUUCGCACGCGACUUCGGUGCUCAUCGGAGCUCUGUAUCCGGCUUUCAAGACGUUCAAAGUGAUACGUGACGGCCACUACAACGAAAUGUUUGUUGCACCACUUUUGACUUCAUAUGAGCACGAUAUUGAUGAUAUGCUGGAUAAUAUGAGGUACUCGGUGCAGCGGCGCUUUUCUGCACUUGGAAAUGGGGCGCUCGAUAGGUAA